AAGGUGCUCGCGUAUUCCAAGCAGAUCCUGGUGGCGCUCAGGUACCUGCAUGACCAGGUGGGCAUAGUCCACUGCGACGUCAAGCCGGACAACUUGCUCUUGCGCUGGGACGAACGGUCAGUGAAGUUGUGCGACUUCGGCACUGCAAGGACGGUAGACAUGCUGCAGUCCGUAGACGAGCUGCAACCGCUCUUCUACCGCGCGCCCGAGGUGUACAUGGGCAACGCGCGCGGCCGGAAGAUCGACGUGUGGUCGGCGGCCUGCACGAUCUACGAGCUGAUAGUGGGCCGCAUCCUUUUCAAGACCUGCCUGACGCACCGCGAGGUGGUGCAGAGCAUCCAGAAGCUCCGCGGCCCCAUCCCCAAGGAGA